AUGAACGAUGAAAAAUAUUUCACCUUAACUAAUGAAUCGGUGUCAACUAAUCGUGGAUUCUACACAUCAGAUCCAAGUACCACACCUUCAGAAGUGAAGUUUAAACGCACUCAAAAGUAUCCUGCUAAAAUUUUGGUUUGGAUCGCAAUAUCUGAAAAAGGGAUAUCAAAGCCGUUCUUUGCAAAACAAACACAAGCAAUUAAUGAAAGAACAUAUUUGAAAAAAUGUAUUGAAGCACGUUUGAUGCCGUUUCUGAACAGCUAUCAUAAUAUCGAAAAAGUGUUAUUCCGGCCCGAUUUGGUGCCUAAAGAAAAAUAUCCACAGAAUUGUCAUCAGGCACGUCCUAUUGAAACAAUUGGGCAAAUAUUAGAAGAAAAAGUUUAUGGCGGUGGUUUGGUAGCCAAAACAAUCGACCAAUUGAAACGAAGGAUACAACAACAGCUGAAAAGAAUUGACAUGAAGUCUGUACAAGCAAUGUUUUCGUCAAUAAGAAAGCAAUUACGAAAAAUCGCGGAUAAAUGA